GGGUGGCGUUCGGCCGAUUCCCGGGCGCGGACCUGCUGGGACCCGAAUUUCGAUGCUAAGAGCGGGUCUGCAGACCCCAGGCGCGGGCGGGAAGGGAGACCCAGGUGGGACAAGGACUUUUGGAGGGAGGUCAGAGGGCACCGAGUUGUGCCUGCGGCUGUUCCCAUGGUAACAGGGCACCGGAAGUGGCGACGUUAGGAUGCGACAGCCAGCUCUCUCCUCAGGCCGUCUGGCCCGAAAGCCGGUGGGCUCUGUAGCACACUGUGGUGUUUCUCGGCGGAGGAGAGGGCAUUUGUAAGCACUUGGAGAGAUGCAGCAAAGCCAUUGCCGCAGCCACGAUGCCGAAACGAAAGAAGCAGAAUCCGCAGCCGCCGCCACAGCAGCCCCCACGGCCCGAGCGGGAGGAGACUGGAGACGAGGAAGAUGGUUGUCCCAUGGGACCACCCAGCCUUCUGGGCCCUCCCCCCAUGGCCAAUGGAAAGCCUGGUGACCCCAAGUCAGCUUUUCACAGAGGUCCUCCGGGAACAAGAGGACCAAUGAUUCCACCGCUGCUGAGUCUCCCUCCUCCUCCCCGGGGUAGAGGCCCAAUGCGGGGAGGCCUUGGCCCCAGGUGUGGUCCAUAUGGUCGUGGUUGGUGGGGGGUCAACACUGAACCUCCUUUUCCUGGGCCGGGCCAUGGGGGUCCCUCCAGGGAAAGCUUUCACAAAGAACAGAGAAACCCUCGAAGGCUCAAAAGCUGGUCUCUUAUCAAGAAUACCUGCCCACCUAAGGAUGGCCCCCAGGUUAUGGAAGACAAAUCUGACCGCCCUGUCUGCCGACACUUUUCCAAAAAGGGCCACUGUCGCUAUGAAGACCUCUGUGCCUUCUACCACCCGGGCGUUAAUGGACCUCCUCUGUGAGACUGUGCCUUCCCGUCCAGGGUGGAAGGAGCCCUCUGUGACCUCGUGGCCAUGCAUUUCCCUGUGGCCCUGUGGUGGCUACUGUGAGGCUCUUCUGCCUACCCCCAUCUGCCACCUUUCCCGUCUGGGGUCCAAAGUGAGUCAUCACCUGUGCGUGGUGUCCACGCUUUCUUCUGAUCCAGCCUCCAGAGACUGGCCUUCAGGACCCCGUCGUUGCUCCCUUCAACUGCCUCCUGGAUCCUACCCCCUCGCCAAGUGACUGCUAAACAGGAAACCUCUUUGGUUGGUGCUGUUUCUUGUACAUCUGUCCACCUGUUCCCCAGUACUGCCCUCAAUUCCUGAGAGCCCUGGAGUGCUUUCCUACCCCCUCUAACUGCUUGUUUUUUAAGUCUCUCACUUUUUUUUUUUUUUUUUUUUUUUUUUAAUGUGACAUCCUCAGUGUUGUCAGCUGCUUGUGAAACUCCAGGUUGCCUGAUCUGGGGUCAAGUUUGGGGGACUAGUUCAGAGGUCCUACCUGAAAGGCCCCUCUCCCUGCUUUUGGAUUCCGUAGUUUCUCUGUCAGUAGCAUGAUCCCCGCCGCUAUGGUCUGUGACCGCUGUGCUUUGUGAAACUGUGCAGCCCCCUCGUAGCCUUUCUCAGUGUCCGUGGCAUUUUUGUGACUUCUCAACACUAGAAUACGUUUUUCUGCCAAAAUGAGUGAAGCUCAUGGUGCCCUCUUAACUUUCCCUCCAACAUGGGAGAAUUGUGAAGCUUUCUACAAGACUGCCUCCCUGCUCCUUCCCAUUCCCCUGGUGUUGGCUAUUCCAGGUCUGACAUGGGCCUCUGGGCCCCGUCUAGUUCCUUUCCAGCCCACUUCAGUUUCACUGUCAUCAUGAGGCCAGCGGCCCUCUCAUUGGAAUUCUGUGAAUCCCACCUGGCCUAUCUUUGGGUGGAACCUGGACAGUACUGUUGCCCUCUCCCAACCCUCUGUCCACAUCCCUGGCACUGGUUGUUUUCUGUGAAAACAGCAGUGAACAGGUUCAGUCUUGAACUGGCCCUGAAGAAAUGGGUCAGGAGUUAGGUGGCAGGAGGGUUGGAGGAGAACCGUUGGAAAACUGAGAAUGAAUUUUUUUUUCUUUUUAACUUUUUUUUUUAUAUAUAUUAGUAAUAAAUGCAGUGGAAACGAACAUUUUCUUUACUCCCUGUGUUCCGGUCAUCUUUGGAGGUGCAGCUGCUGUUCUUCAUGGAGUCCAUCAGCUCAUUCUUUGUUCAGUUCACGCACAGUGGUAAUGGACAGUGACAGAGCUUAUGUUUCUUCCAACAUGAAAGAACUGUUGAGAUCCCAUUGGCCUGGAGCUGGCCGCAGUGUUUUCAAAGGCAAUGUUUUGUAGACUGGAAGAAAAGUCAAGUGAUGGGGGUGAUUUUUAAACAUUUUACCUAUGUUUGUAAGUUUGGUGUUUAUGGAGUGGUAAUAAGAAGUAGUCUUCAAGUAUCCAUGGACCAGGCAAUGUACUAUGCAUUAGAGAUAACAAGCAAAACCAAGGAAUUUUAAAUCUACAGAAGAAGACACGUUCAUCAAAUCACAAAUACAUAAAAAAGUUAACACCUGUCAAAAAGGCUAUGAAGCAGCAGGUUAAGCCACUACUUGGGAUGCCCACAUCCCGUACUUACGGGAGUGCCUGGGAUCAAGUCCUGCCCACACCUCCUGCUUCAGUCCUCUCCCUGCUCAGGCACCGGGGAGACCACAGAUCAAGUCUCGGGCAUUUGAGUAGCUGCCACUGGGAUGGAGUUCUGGCUCCUGGCUUCAGCCUGACCUAUUCCCAGCUGUUGUGGCAUUUGGAAAGUGAGCUAGUGGAUGGAAGAUUUCUCUCCCUGCCUUUCGAGUAAAUUUAAACAUAAGUGAACACUGAACGGAAACAGUGAAAGGGGCAUGUAGUAAG